GAUCGACGGUGGAUGAGACGAGUGAAACGGAUGAGGCCAUUCUGCAGAGUCAAACCUCUGACGAUCCGGCGCAGCAAACCACUUUACCUCUUGUUUCAGAGGGCGUGGACGACGAGCCGUCUUCUCUCUCCACGUCCACCAGCAAUCAACGCGGCGACCGCGAAGAGGAGGUGCACUCCCAUGCUGCCGUGGGCACGAACAGCGGCCCCGACUCAUCCAACACCACUGAAGUGACGACUGCGGAUGUUACAACAGCCACCAUUGAGCCCAACAGCGAUCCAACAACUGUUCAACGCGAAGAUGACGUGCCGGAUUACGUUGGUGCUGCACCGAAUCAUCCGAGCACAGAGCCUGGGGAAAGAGAUAUCCAAUCGGAGUCCAACGCAGCGCCGCUCUUGGGCAAUGACCUUUUUGAUGUGGAGAAUAUCACCGACUUGUUUUGUGUGGGUGUGAAGGGUGACAGCACCGUGCAGGGUUGUGUGUCUCGGGUGCUAUUAUUGCUGCUGCUUCUGGGGCUGUGGGGCACUGUGGCUCUCUGCUGA